ACAUAAUAACACAAAUAAGAGAGAGAGAGAGAAAGAGCCUUCAUUUUCUGUCACACUCCUUUCCCUUUUGUUUCGCUCCACACAACACCACACCACCAUUAACACCGACUUCAAGCACAUUCCUAGCUACCACCUUCAACCUUUGCUUUUUCCUUUCUUUUUGUUUUACCCUUCUCUGUUUCAUACAGUUAUUAGAUAAACAGAGAGAGAGAAAGAGAGAAAAAGUUUGCCACGUCACCACACAGCUUCUCCACCCAAUCCAAAGGCAAAGUUUCCAAUUUUCCUUCACAACAUUAAUACACACAUACAUUCAAAUCCCAUUGCGUUUAGAUUCUGCUGCCUUUGGUUGGAUUUUGUUUCUUUUUUUGCCCGGAGCUUCCUUUGUGAAGAUUUGAUCUCAGAGAGAGAGAGAGAGAGGGAGAGAGAGAGAGAUGGGGAAUUCAUUUGGGUGCUCGGCGUCCGGCGAGAGGUUGGUGUCGGCGGCGAGGGACGGCGAUUUGGUUGAGGCGAAGAUGCUUCUGGAAUGCAACCCUGGUCUUGCAAAGUACUCCACUUUUGGGGGUCUCAAUUCGCCUCUUCAUUUUGCAGCUUCUAAAGGCCAUAACGAGAUUGUGGCAUUGUUGCUUGAAAAUGGAGCUGAUGUGAAUUCAAGAAAUUAUUGUGGGCAGACGGCAUUGAUGCAAGCUUGUAGAUAUGGUCAUUGGGAAGUUGUACAAACUCUUCUGCUCUUCAGAUGUAAUGUUAUGAAAGCAGAUUAUCUCAGUGGGAGGACAGCUCUACACUUUGCAGCCAUCAAUGGACAUGCAAGAUGCAUCAGACUUGUUGUUGCAGAUUUUGUUCCAAGUGCUCCUUUUGAAUCUUUACAUGCUCGCAUGGAUGUGGAAGGUGAUGGAUCAAAUGUGAAAAACACACAUGAACAAAGUGUGCUGUCGAGGUUUGUAAAUAAAACAGCUGAUGCUGGUAUCACUGCCCUUCAUAUGGCUGCAUUAAAUGGGUACUUUGAUUGUGUACAACUGCUACUUGAUCUUGAUGCUAAUGUGUCAGCUGCAACAUUUCAUUAUGGAACUUCAAUGGAUUUAAUUGGGGCUGGAAGCACUCCAUUGCAUUAUGCUGCUUGUGGAGGCAAUUUAAAAUGCUGCCAGAUCCUCCUUGCAAGAGGUGCCAGUCGAAUGGCUUUGAAUUGCAAUGGAUGGCUUCCACUUGAUGUUGCUAGGAUGUGGGGACGUCAUUGGCUAGAACCAUUGCUGGCACCCACUUCUCAAGCCACAAUAUCGACGUUUCCUUCUUCAAAUUAUUUGUCCUUGCCUCUCAUGAGUGUGCUCAACAUUGCCAGAGACUGUGGAUUGCAAUCAACUGCAACCUCCUCCAGUGAAGUUGAUGUUUGUGCUGUCUGCCUUGAGAGGUCAUGUUCUGUGGCUGCUGAAGGAUGUGGACAUGAGCUUUGUGUAAGAUGUGCACUUUAUCUUUGCUCAACGAGCAAUGUUUCUUCUGAAACGUGUGUUCCUCCUGGCUCUAUCCCUUGCCCUCUUUGCAGACAUGGAAUUGUCUCCUUCGUGAAGUUACCAGGUUCCCAAGCAAAAGAAAACAAAAUGCACGUGUCUCUCAGCCUCUGUACCCCAUGCAUGCUACACCCACGUGACCUAGAUCACUCAUCAUCUCUUUCUCAUACCCCUGAGAUUCGAAGGAACCGCGUAGCUUCAGUUCCAUCAGAGAUGCUUUGCCCUGUCACUUGUACUCCAUUUCCUUCUGUAGCUAUUCCUCUCUGCACUUGCAAUGAUGGUCCUUGCCCUACAUUUGAAUCGCACGAAGCAGCCGAUGAACCGGUUCGUCGGUCACAAGCAUCGUCGACGAUGGAUCAGGAGAAAAUGGAAGGUCCAAGGCUUGAUAAAACAACAUGUUCAGGCAUGUUUUGGGGUAGAAGAAGUUGCAGCAGGGAGCAUCAAUGCAAUUCAGAAAUAAAUGCUUGAGACAUGAUAGGUUGGUGCAUGGCCAUUAUUAUUUUGUGGAUACUUCAUACAAUCUUAGAUCAAUAAAGGAGUCUAUAGUUUAUCUUCUUAACCAGCCUCAUAUGGUGAAAAUCCAGUGUAUGUAUAUGUCAGAAUCCCACCACCUUUUUAGUGCCAAGAUAUGAUAUUCUUAGUAGAAUUAGUAUGAGCUGGUUGCUAUUGCAGUUUAGUUGGAUUUCAUUUUUAUCAUAGGAAACUAAGUGUUCUUUCAAAGGAAGAGAAAGAAGAAAAAUACCCUUCUGUUUUGGCAUGUCUCAGAUUUGUUUCUGUGUAGUAUAUUUUGUUGUAAUUUAUCUUCAUAGGUUUACAAGAACAAGUUUGAGUAAUGUAACAGCUUGUUGCUGGAUUUGUAAUUGAUCUUGUUGUGAACUGGAGAAUGUUUUUCCUAUCAACACUAAUGUUAUGCAGAGUACUUGUUCAACA